UGUGCGCCGGAAACUCUCAGGCUGCUCCGAGUAUAUCGUGGAGGCGGGGGAGGUGACGAAGGAAGCCAAUGUGUGGUCGUUUGGCGUGCUGCUAUGGGAGCUGAUGGAGUUUGUGAGCCAGCCUUACUCCCUCCUCUCCAACUCAGAGGUCAUCCAGAAAGUCAUCGUAGAGAAGUCCUACAAGCUGCCCAUCCUACAGAGACAGAGCACGCACAGCAACAAAGUGUACGAGGUCAUGCAGCGGUGCUGCCGCCGCCCCGACCGGCGGCCAUCGAUGAAGCAGGUGCACGACGCCCUCCAUUUCCUGCACACGCACCGCGACAUGAUCGACAACAGCAGCAGCGGUGGCGGCGACUUUGACUCCAGGUGGCGCCGGCUGCUAGCGCACAUCGCGGCCGACGCAGGCUCGCCGUUCGAGGACGAGCGCCGGCCCGCGAAGCCGCCGAGGUCAAAUGUCAACAAGGCGGACAUGCGAUUCGAGUCGAACUUUGUGCCUCCGGCGGACGAGCAGAACAAUCGCUUCGAGGAUAACUUCGUCGUCACGGCGACGAGGCGAAACCAGCCAGCAGCAAAGCAGCUGGCACUGAGCAGGCCUGAUGUAGAUCGUUCAUCGACCAAGAGGGCAGCACUUACAGCGUAGAGUCGGCACGCAGCGGCGGCGGCGGCGGUAGCGAGGUCAACAUGGUGCUAGAGAUAUCCACUCAGCAGCGCAGGCAGCAGCAGCUAGCAAGCAGACGGCCGACACAGACGCCACGAUCGUCCGACUCCUCCGUGCUGAGGUACGACUCGGUCAGCGUGAACCUGGAGGAGGAGGGGGAGGAGGGCGGCGCACUGCCGCGCACCAAGAGCGGCUCCUCCGAUCCUCUCGGCGUCUCCCGGCACGUGACGAAGC